CUAGAGAGGCACAUCGUAAUCAACAUGGCGAUGUUGUGUUUGUGCUGACUAAAAAGUGAUUUUUUCUACAAAAUUUCGCUAUAUUUUACGACUUUUGGCAAAGUUGCUCGAGGGUUGGGUAAUGUAUGAAAGUCGUGAGAUCCCGACUUUUAUAUUUUUCACAGCCUGAGAGGUCUUACUUGUCGUUUCAGCCGUGUUCGGUGGGAAGUUGAAUACAUAAGCAAACUGCUCUUGAAGAAUAAAGAUCAAAUGCAGAACAAUGUCUGGUGCUCCUUCAAAGAGCAGAGGACGGCUUUCCAGGAGCAAAGCUUGUACAUGGUGUGCUGAAAAGGGACUGACUCUUAAUUUUAUUUUUCCGGCACGGAAUGGGCAAAAGGAGUUCUGUUCAUCAGUUUGCCUGGGAGAGUUUCGCAAAGCCUACAAUAAAGGUUCUUGUUUAUAUUGUGAUGGUAUAAUUAAUGGUCCAGCAGUUUGUUUGGAAGGAAAUGCUUCCAAACAUUUUUGCAGUCAAAGCUGCUCUGAAAAAUAUGUAAAACGAGAAAGCAACAAUAGAUUAAGCAAUGGCUCUACAGGAUCUACGCCAAAUGGAAACCAAGUUGCUGUAGCACCCUCCACUCCUACAGUAACUUCAACAAAUAUUUCAGUUGCCUUUCCAGCCACAUCUACUCCUGCAUCAUCCAUCGAUGAGUCAACUGCACAAGGCGACCUGAAAGGUACCUUAACUGCAUCAGAACUUGACAACACUCAAAGCCAAAUUGCAGACAAUACACUUCCUGAUGGCCUAGCCACAGCACCAUCCACAUCAGCAGCUGUGCCAAGUGCUAACAUGAAUAUUUAUGAACCAUUUGAUUGGAAAACUUAUAUGAAAGAAUCAAACAGUCAACCUGCACCAGCACAAUGCUUCAAACAGUCAUCUUCUCCACCCCAGAAUGAUUUUAAGCUUGACCAGAAGCUGGAAGCUCUGGACCCACGUAAUUUGACAUCAACAUGCAUUGCCACUGUGGUUGGUAUUCUUGGACCACGUUUGAGAUUACGCCUGGAUGGCUCUGAUAACAAAAACGACUUUUGGCGAUUAGUUGACUCUAAUGAAAUUCAUCCAAUUGGCCAUUGUGAGAAAGGUGGCGGGAUGCUCCAACCUCCUCUAGGAUUCCGAAUGAAUGCAUCCAUGUGGCCCCAGUUUUUGAUGAAGACCUUGAGUAUGGCAGAAAUGGCACCAACCAAAGCCUUCAAACGUGAGCCCCCAGUCCCAUCUGGUAACUUUUUCAAAGUUGGGAUGAAACUUGAAGCAGUUGACAAAAAGAAUCCAAUGCUCAUUUGUGCAGCCACUGUUGGUGAAGUCAAGAAUGACAUGGUGCAUGUAACCUUUGAUGGGUGGCGUGGAGCAUUUGAUUAUUGGUGCCGUUAUGAUUCAAGAGACAUAUUCCCUGUGGGUUGGUGUGCAAAGAGUGGGCAUCCUUUACAACCACCUGGAAAGAAAGCUCAAGGAGGAACAAAUCGCUACCGGGCUCGUGUUAGUAAUGUGCAGCCAUCCACUAUGGUACCUGCUGCCACUGAAACUGAUGAAAAUACACCUUUGUCAGUCAGAAAAGAACAAUCGAAAAACUCGGCGCCACUUCUAGGGUCGCCAACAAGCCCCACACCACCUUCAACACCAACCUCACCAAUUACAGUAUCUAUUUCUCCAGUCCCAAAAAGUUCAACUGUUUCCAAGAACAGUUUGUCUGGACCUCCUUUGAAACCAGCACCUCUGCCUGCUGCAACUUUAUCACCUUCUGAUAUAUCAAGUCCUGUUACCAAACCUAUUAUGACUAACUCUGCUAAUAUUGGUGCUCCCAUCAGUGGUCAUUCACUUGAUGCUGGUCCAUCUGGCCAUCAAACAAAUGGAGUUGCAUCUAGUAUAAAUUCCAAUCAGGUAUCAUCAUCUGAACAAAGGAAUGAUAAUGAAGUUCGUGUUUAUGUGAAUCGCACAUGCAAGAUAGGCCCAUAUCUUGACAGAGAAUCAGUACAAUCAAUGCAACCUGUUUUUGGACCAGGUGUUGUAAGCCGAGUACUACGAAAUUGUAUACAAUCUCUUGUGGAUGCUGCCUCAAACCGGGCAGCUGUGUAUGGUGUGCUUAGACAAGGGCAGGGCAAAGUUCACAUAACAGUACCUUUGGAAAACAAGACUGUUACACUUCGUUUACCAGUAAUAACAACAGAGACAGAUUUGUGGACACACUUAGAAAUAUUGACUGAGGAAAUGCAGUGUUGUGCCAACUUUUUGGUCCGAGAGCCAACAAUAUGCGAGCAUUGUACUACUAAUGGUCAAGGAGCUGAGGACAUAUCUAAAACGUCCAUCAAACGUCGAUAUUCUGCCCAAAGCUCUGAUACAUGCCCAAACAAGAAAUCUAAUCUGGCACCAACAAAGAACCCUGUUCCAUCAAAUCCAUCCCCUCAGCAAGCUGUUCGAUCAUCUCCAACUGCGUCAGCAGCCCCUGUUGUGCGGCACACUUCUCCUGCUCAAGUUGCUGCAACUUCAACAACAGCUAAUGAUGAACAGUCAUCUCCUAGAACUUUACCAACUGAAGUAAUUGAUUGGACAAUUGAAGAUGUAAUUUGGUACAUAACGUCGGCAGAUCCGAAUAUGAGGGUCUAUUCUGAUUUAUUUAGAAAACAUGAAAUUGAUGGGAAAGCACUUGUCCUUCUAAAUUCAGACAUGAUGAUGAAAUACAUGGGUCUGAAGUUAGGUCCAGCUCUUAAAAUAUGUGCUCUGGUUGGCAGAGUCAGUAAAUCAAGUCGCCGUAGCUCUAUGUUUAGAUAAAGUGUUAAAUAGUUUGGUUUUCUAUAUUUUUUCAUUGCCAGAAGUUUAUCAUUCUACAUGAGAAUGGCUGUAAGAUCUUCAUUUUAAACUCCACCAAAUAUGAGCUUAACAAUUGAUUUCAGGUGAGACUCUAAUGAAUUUCUGUUGGAGGAAAACUAUGUGCAUCCAACAACAGAUCUUUUGUUUGUUAUCUUUUAGUUAAUUCUCUUAUGCUUUUAAGUAUAGCCAUAGAAUGAAGCAGGCUGUAUUGUCUUACUUAAACACACAUUUUUUUGAUGUCAUUCACUACUUUUAUCAUAUCGCUACACUUGCUGAUUAACCUAUGUACCUAUGUAACAAUUUUUAAUGUUACAUAAAGUAAAUAACAAUAUUUGUACACCUAGGGCCUCUCAAGAAAACUAGUAUAGAAGAAUAUCACUCAUGUUAGUAACCAAAGAAGUUACCUAAAAUUUAGAUUUUUACUUUCUUUCAAUUGAGUAAAUCUUCCUAAUUUUUCUCUAUUUCUCUUUUCUUUUUUCUCAUCAGAUGUUUUCUUUGCAAGUUGUCAUCAUCAUAACAUGAGUUUACUAUAGCUUAGAUUACCCUAAAUCAUUUGCACUGCUCUGAUGGUAUGCUUGUAGCCAUGUGACCAAUUGUGAUUUUGUCUCUUCUCAUUUCUUCCAGUAUAGGUGUACCUCUAAACUUAGAAGGUGCUUUACAUUUUUACUUUUGACUCUUGCUUUAUCUGAACAAUUACUUGUUUUAAAUAAUGAUCUUUUGUUUUUAAAAUCUGUUGUCUCACUUUGAGUUUAGGGGUAACUGCGUAUUUUUGUAUAGAUUCUAUUGCCAAUGCAAUUACAUUGGUUCAAACAUUGCCCUGUAAAGUCCCGUACAGCUUCAUUGUGAUCUACUGUUUAUUUCUCUUCUAUGAAUGAUUUUAAAGUGGCUGUGUCGUUGUAAACCCAUUCCUUGUAUGUAUAUUUUGUGUAGACUUCACUAGAUCCUACACAAGUAGUUAUUAAAAAAAAUGUUUUGUUGAUAUCUUUUUUAUUUUAUUUAGCAACAAUAAAAAGUAAUGUUUCAAAACUGUUUACUUUUUGAAAUUAUACUUAACCAAUUCCUUGUAUAGUAGUAUAGAAGUAUUGUAUAUUUUGUAUGAAGACUGUGAGAAAUUGUUUAAGACAUCUGCAAAUGCAGGCGAAUGGAUACAUCAGAGAGAGGGCUCCAUUUGUUAGUUAAAGCUGUAUUUUUGUAACAUAUUGUUAAGCCCAAUAUGCAGAUCAUAAAACGAAAUAAGAUCAUAUUGCUUUUAUCACAUUUAGACAAUGAUUUUUGCUAGUACCUGGAUAUAUUUGUGUGUAGAUCAUUUUCAGAGUGUUAUUUCUGUAGAUUUUCGUGCUAAAACACCUUGGUGAGUGCGGAUACAGUCUUCUGUGAUGUGUAUCAAUAAAUAAAUUAUAUGAUUAUGGAAAAGUUA